CCUGUUUCCCUGACAUCUUCUCGCCUUGUGCUACCUGGGCCUCCCACUCUUCCUAACCUACCUCGAUUGUCUUCAUUCGGCCCUACCCAUACGCGAGUCCUCUGAGCCCACGCCUUUCACUUGCUGCCGCUGCGGGUGCGGUUAGCAUCCAUAUCCACGGCACCAAUCACAGCUGUUCCCUAGACAACAACCUAAUAUCCACGCUUUGCGAUACAUCCAACAUCACACUAUGAAAAGCUCACCACUCGAACGUCUCCCUACGGAACUGACACAAUCGAUCUUUUUGUAUUCUGGUCUCAACAUGGCUAUGGCUCAAGCCUCUCAUUGUAUCGGUCGUCACCUCUCGAAUGAGUACAUGUACAACGCGGUGUGCGAUCAAUAUCUCACCACGAACCUCGAUGAUCGUGUCGAGCAGUCCAAGGCACAGACAGCUAUCUUCGCUAGUCCGUGGAUGACCUGGACUUUCUUCAAGAAAUGGAUCAUCAGGACAUAUGAAAGUAAGGGUUGCUUGUGUGGCUUAACUCCGGAUGAGGGAUGUGUCGAUGAGCAAUGGCCUCCCAACUUUGAAGACGCUACAACGAUGGUCUUCUCUCGGGGUCAUUUACCUCGACUAGCAUUUAUUCAUGGCCGUCUUCCCACAAAAUUGCUACACAAACCAUGGACCGAGGACAAGAUUCAAUUUUUACGGUUUUUACUCUGGCUCACAAGCAUGACUGUCGAUUGGAAAGAUCCAGAGGUUUAUCGGUUGGUUUCAGAAGGUAGGCGGCAGGCGUUUCUGGACCAGAACCUCGAGGCAGUAGAACUAUUCAAUCACAACCGCCGGCUAGGCAAGCCGCCGUGUUUGUCAGCCGUUCGCUUUGCUGUUACAGACGCUGGAUGCAACCGAUCCAUCGUGUAUGACACGAUACUGUCAGCUUAUCUUUGGGGUCUCCGAGGUCACUCCUGGCAAUGCUCCGAGCUCGACAAAUGGUGUGAGAACCGAAUAAGAGUAGGCGAUUCGAAGGGUCAGUGGCUUAAAACGAUGCUUGAUGAAUGCCGGCGAAGUCUGUAUCGAGGGGCCACGCAUUGGACUUACGAUGGAACACAAUGGAGGCCCGAAGCUCCUCAGGCAGGAGGAUCAUCGCAAAAUGACUGUCACCACGACCCCGAUUUUGAUAUCAAAGCUGGUGAUUAUGAGGGCGGUCCAACAGACACUCUCGUUGUACACAAACUUGCUUGGAAUAAGGUAAGUCUUGGUUCAUUCUUUGCUUAUAUCUUUCGUCGAGAAUUACUAUUUGUUUUCCGCCAUUUCCUCUGCUGUCCGAUUUACAUCGUCAUCUUUCCUAUAAUUCCGGAUGCAAUCUUCUCUAGCCAAGAAUCUGUCCGUUUACCUUACGCCCGAUGCACGGGGCCGCCACCCGGAGAGUAUUUGUAGAAAAUCUCCAGGAUAUCGGGACGUAAGGUGCCAGUGGACGACGCUUACAUUCAGUGGCCAUAAGAAAAGUCCAGGAUUGUAUCAUAAUUGCUUGUAAUGCGUGCACAACAGUCAUUCAAAGUACUUCAGCCGUAACGAAUUCAACACCAAAGCAAAAGAUCCUUCGGCGACGAGCUUCUCUGUUCACUUUGCCGAAAUUUCAUCCGGCAGUUGCCUAGCACCCGAAAACGCACACGCAAACGCCAUCGCACACGAAGCUAAGAUAAUCCAAGGUUAUUGCACAACGAGGGUGGCUUAUCGUUCGAACGUUCGGAACAUCCACUGGCUUACGCGUAAUUCACGAUUUG